AUGCGGAUGAUGCGGGAGCGCCGGGAGCUUCUGGACAACCCCAAUGAAGGUGAGGACGGCGGCCAUCCGUGCGUGAAUUGUCUUGAGGUUAUUGUGAAGGCCCCCGAGGGAAGCGUCCGAUCGUUAGUCCUCAAGUGCCCCUCGUCUGAUGGGGAAAGACUCACGUCGCUGCCAUGCGGUAUCUGUGAGGCCCCGUGUUGUCGGCUGCACCCAGGGUUAAGUACGCCCGAAGUCGAUGUUAUGAUGAACCACGUCUUCGCUAGAAAACGGGAGCACAGGGGCUACAGCGAAAAGGAACGGAAAGACCUGAUUAAGAAGGUAUUGGAGCGACAUCGGUUCUUGGUGGCGGCGGAUAUCCAUGCGCAGCACCAGGAGCGAGAACAGGCUGCAAUGGCGAAUCUGCGUAGCAAGUUCCGCUUCGAUUAG